CUAUAAGGUUGUAUAUAAUGGUUCGUGAUUUGCAUGAUCUGCCGUGCAUAGUACCCUAAAUUAACUCUCGAACCUGAGCUAGUAAAGUAGCAUCCGCGGAGUCGAAAUAGAAUCGGGAAAAGAGAUGCCGUCUUCGUCUCCUCGAGAAUCGAGCCCCCGCUCCCCCAGACCUGCUGAAGAGGAACCUCGUCGGAAGAGAUAUUCCCUUUUGGUUGAGGUCAUUGACGAUGAUGGUUUUGCAGUAUUCGAGCGAAAUCGCGAGGCGGACCGGCCGCGUAGAUCAAGUCGAGGUACGUCUACUCCGCGAAGUCGACCUAACGGAGGUUCUGAGCAUCAUUCAGACACCAAUAGGCAAUCUCGGCGAGUGUCGCUCCACUCGAACAUAGGAGAAGUUGGGGCUAGAGACCAUCAUGAUCGCCCAUCAGAACGAUCCCGACGUUCAGGUACUGGAUCACGUACCGGCCGCGCCAGCGAGCCUAGCGACGAGGUAUACGACACCGCCUCCGAAGGCAAUCCCCCUUUAUUCCCAGGGCGACAGAUACAAGAGGACACCGAACGACCCCCUAGUUCUCACAAUCAGAGACGGAGGAGAUCUAUUCACAGCGGCGCCCAGACGGACAUUCGGGGAUACGGGCCACACAGCGCCUUUACAUCUCCGCAUAACCUGUACCGACCCCCUCAUCCUAAUCAAGGGGACCUCGACGUCAUGGAGAUCGCCUACCGAGAUGGAAUUCUUCUCGGCCAGCAUUUGGCAAACCUACGGGACGACCCAAACACCCGUCGCGCUACCCUUCCACGACCCAUCUCGGUACCUUCAACCCGUGGCUAUGACCAUAACCAGCCCGAUGCCAACCGGCGACCUCGUGAGAACCCCCAACCACAACAACGGCGUGGAUGGCGAUGGCUAUUCCCCGGGUGGUAGCUUUUAAAUGUGCGGGCUCCUCCAACUGAGCCGGUAGCAUCGCGUAGGAAUAGCCAAAAUCGAGAAAACCGCCGUUGAGGGAAGACUAGAUAAUGAAGGGGGUUUAGAUUAGCUAGAUGUCAUUGUCAUAUAAUAUCAGCGCAGAACUUGGAGCUUAUGUUUAAAGGAAAUAUCUAAUAAUAUUAGAAGAGAAAUAGGGGUUAGAGGGAGCGCGAACUUGUGCUUCUAGGAAUCCCUGAAAGGAAUUAGCACCAAGGGUAUCUGUACUUUUAUAAUCUAUGGGGUACCGCAAACGCCACGCUAUCAUCCCAGUGUCUAAUAUGUACUAUUACAUCGCUACGAGUGAAUCGAUAUAGGUUAGGUAUAUUUUCCUUUAACGCCGUAGCACCAUCAAUGAUUCCAAAAUGUACCCCCGCUCU